AUGGAUCGCCUGAAAAAAUUUCUCACUGAAAAGAAAGUUAACAAAAACUUCAAAAAAGCUGGGGCCGGUUAUCGGCUUACUGGCGAUAGUUCAUCGGUUGCUGCACCGCAACCGGUCCCUGUCCAGCAGCAAGCAUCGCAGUUGCCACCAGCAGAACGUAUAGCUACAGCUGAUAUUGCAGCGCAGGCGGCUUAUAAAAGAAUGAACUUGGGUGUAGCCCAGGAAUCGCUAACGCAAAGGAACAUACGCAUGCGGCGUGUAUUUGAAGAUUACAUGCAGUGGUUUUAUGCCCUCUCUUUCAGUAUCAACACUAAACCAAGUGUUGCUCUUAAAGAACUGGAGAUGGAAAAAAAAGAACGUGAAGAUUCUACCAGCAACAAAAAUGUUGAAAUAGGGACUCGUACAAUUGAUGAGCGUGAAUUUGAGCACUCUAGUGCUGUCAGUGGCGUUUACUUUACUUGUGACCUUCUUGGAGACGAUUUGGUGCUAACGAAAAAUGAGAUGCGAAAAAGAGUGGAACAUUUUUUGCGAACACAGUUGGCUGAUGAUCCACUAGUUGCAUCAACGCUAAUGAUCUUCUCUUUAAAUGGUCCGCAAAAAAUGCAAAAUGCUUCAGAAACAAUCCAAAAAUAUCUCAAGAAUCUUAUCGAAAAUCCAGACGAAAGCAAGUAUCAUCGUAUAAGAAUUAACAACAAGAUUUUUCAGGAACGGGUUUCUUGUGCUAACGGUGGAAAAGAAUUUUUGCUGGCGUGUGGUUUUGAAGAAAAAGAUUUCUUCAAUAAUGAACAGCUAGAAACUUUCUUAGUUAUACCAGAUGAUAAAGCAAUGGAUACACAGUCGUUGAUCCAAGCUUUGGAAAUUAUACAAACCGGCCAGGCUGUUCCUUUAAAGUUGUCUCGCAAUACUGCUGUAUAUAAGCUUGAAGCGAAUCAAAUUAUUACAAAUCCACAUCUGCCGCGCGACUUCUUUGAUUUAGAUUUCGUUGAAAUUAAAAGGGAACAACAGCGUCGGGAAGCGGACGUUGAUAAAUAUACAACGUUACGAACACGAGAAAUGCGUGAAAAAGAUGAAUUGAUGCGUAACUAUCGCUACAAUUAUACUUUGAUCAGAAUUAGAUUCCCAAAUCGUUUUCUCUUGCAGGGUACAUUUGGAUGUCAUGAGCCCUUUUAUGCAGUACGUAAUUUCGUUGAAGAACAUCUGACACAUAUUGAACCAAUGUUAUUCCUGUUGAAAGAUCCGAUCUCUGGAAAAGCAAUUAAUGAUGAUACGAAGACCCUAAAUGAACUGAAUCUUUUUCCGGCUGCUGUUUUACAUUUUGAGUGGGAUUCAGAUGUGGAAGGUGAAUUGAUGAAACUAGGACGAGAGGUGCAAUAUCUGGAUCAGCGUUUUAUCGACACUGCGGAACCAUUUGUGGUGGCAUAG